AGUACAAAACUCACAAUACGAACUGAUCAAAGACAUCAAACAAAUUCAUCCAUCACCAAUCUGCUCUAAGCAAAUUAAUACACAACACACAAUGGCGUCGCCAUCUGAAUUCCUCACUUUCUACCGCCGAGCGGUACUCUCCUCGUCGUCAUCGUCACGAGUUCUGCGGUCUGCAGCUCGUACUUCGGCUCCACUACGUCAGUUCGGUGCCUCAACACAAUGCUACAAGGAGAACCUUAGCACGGAUUCAUCGGCCAAGACAGACCAGUUUCCAGACGACGAGCAUACCGUGAAUAAAGUUUCCAAGGGAGAUACGUUGGACAUUCGAUCAUCGAACACAAAAGACGCAAUCAAAAGUCAAGGCAAAAGCGGUGGUCACGCGACAGAGGGAAGAGACUCUGCAGGCGGAGUAGCAAAGGCCAAGCGGGAGCAUCCUGAAGCACCAGACCCGGCAAUUGGUAUGCAGGAUGAGAGAGGUGGGCGUGGGGGUUAGAUCUGAUAACAAACAGCUCUUUG